AUGAUACCUGAAUCGUGCAACAUUCUAUUAGUGGUCUGUGAAUUCGAUGCUGCUCAACAUGCAUGUGAUUGGAAAUGAUGAUUCGAUAGUGAGCAAAGUGCCACGGUACUAGAGACUUAAGUUUUGGUCGGCAACAAUUCAUGGCGGGUUAAUCUUGUGUUGUUCAGCAUGCCACGUGACCAAACACAUCUGAUCUAGCGGCUCAAGCAUCACAAUACCAAGAACUAAGUUUUUACACAUAUCACUGUCAAAGAUAUAAAGAUAAUAAUUGAUUAUUAUUUAGUAAAAUAGAUAUUAUCAAUUAUCUUUAUAAACUCAAUAGUAGUCACGAAUAUGGAAUCCAUUUAUUUCCUCCUUUUGCACGAUCAACGCCUCUAGUGAUUAGUGAGCUCAUUUCUUCCUUCCCCGACUAUACUCAAGGCCUCCAACAAGUGGUCAGCUCUUUCUUUCUCCCCCUAGACGACAGUGACAGCAUGGUUGACCCCUCCUUUUAAUAGAUCUCUCUAGCAAGUAGCAUACCAUUUCUAAACGAUAUUUCUACGUCUUUCAACAUGGUGUGGCAUGUUUGAACGAAACCAAGCUGCUACAUGACGUGACUCAGUCGUUGUAUAUUAAAUCACGCAAAUCUAAAAUUUAUAAAACUAGAAAAUAUGAAUUUUCGGAUAUUUAGAAGUAUUUCUGAACAAAUAUCUCAAUUAUAAUUCAAUAAAACUUCCAAAAAUAGCGGUAAUUUUCCAAGUUGAUCACAGGGAUGUAAUAUAAUAUAUGGUAAUUAUUCAGAAUUUUUCUCAAUGAAUAUGAAUUUCUAUGAAUUAUAUACCAGGAAAUGAAAAGAAAAUAUAUUUAAAAUUCACGAAAAAGGGAAAUAAGGGUGCGGACGUCAGGAUGACGUCAGCACCUGGCAAACGCAAAUCGGGCAAAAACAGAGUUCUGCCCGGUGAUUCUUACGUAAGUGAUUAUAGAUGAUUUAAUUAAUCAAAUUAAGAUCUGUAAAAGUCGGAAGAAUCAUAAUAGAACAAAGUAUAUUUUGGUAAAUUAAAAUCACAAAAACUAUCACUAAAUGAAGCGUAAAGUAAGUUGAAAGCAGGAAAACAGAGUUUCGGCGUCGCGACGACGAUGCGUCGGUGAUGCACCGGAAUCCUGAGCGUUUAGGAGGAUCGUCGUGUAGUGUCCACGGCCUCAAAGGCUCUCCUUGGACAAAGACGACAUGGGCAAUCUCUAGAUCUCCUUUUGAAGUCUAGAGAUCAAUGGAAUGGGUCGUCGAGUCAUCUCCGGCGGCUGUCACCCGGCGGAGCGGAAAAAUGGCGACUUUGCAGCUCUCUGGUGGCUGUCACCCGACGGAGAGGAGCUGGAUGGAGGUGGGGCGCAUGUCAGGGAGCUUCAUCCUCAAGUCCGCGCAGCAAGAGGAGGCUCUUCAUCGCAUCUGGUACGCUCUCAAGAGGUGGCGACUCGUCUCUCGGCGGAUCAUCCUCUUCUCGACGACGGCUUGUUCGUCGAUCAAUCGGAGAUGA